AUGCAUUGGUCAUCCCUGCUCGAAGCGCUCGUCGUGCUGGUGGGCGUGGCUGAUGUGUCGGCCCGGCCGCAGUCAGUGCCGGUCGGCCACCAGGUGCACGAGCGGCGACAGGUACGAAGCCUGGGACAGGGCCGGGGACAGCGGCUGGAAGCGGACACAAUACUGCCGAUGCGGAUUGGUCUGCGGCAGAAUGCAAAGGCAGAAGCGCAAGCCGAGGCCUGGCUGAUGGAUGUAUCGCACCCGGGUUCGGCCAACUACGGCAAGCACUGGACCACGGACGAGGUGAUCAAGGCGUUCCAGCCGACGGAUGUGACGGUCGAUUCGGUGAUGCGCUGGCUGGUCGAGGAGUCGGGCAUCGCCAAGGAGCGGAUCACACACAGCGACAACAAGGCUUGGCUGGCCUUUGAUGCGACGGUGGCUGAGGCCGAACGGCUGCUGCACACCGAGUACGAGCAUGAUGGAAUGGACGAGGACGACGACAGCGAAGUGCUGGUCAGCUGCGAUAAGUACCACCUGCCAGGACACAUCCAGGAGCACGUAGACUACGUGACUCCCGGAGUCAAGGGCACCGUGAUCGACCUGCAGCGUCUGCGGAGGCGAACGCAGCCGGGACAGGAGAGGAAGAGAGUCCGCAGAAGCACGCCGAAGGCGUACAGGACUCUCGACACCUUUCCCGAAGCCGCCGCGAACGUUUCGACAGACGAUCUUACAAUCUGCGACCAGGUCCUCACGCCGGCCUGCGUCCGGGCGCUGUACAACUUUACAGCGCCAGCAGCUGAUGCGACAGUGAGCACCAACAACUCGCUAGGCAUUUUCGAGGAGGACGACUUUUAUGACCAGGCCGACCUGGACGUCUUCUUCAACAAGUAUUCGCCGCAGAUCCCCAACGGGACGCACCCGAUACUAAACUCGAUUGACGGCGGCACGGCUCCGCUUCCAGGCGGCGUGGUGAACGGGCCUGAGAGCAUGCUGGACUUUGUCGUGGCCUAUCCGAUGAUCUACCCGCAGAACAUCACGCUGUACCAGACGGACGACUACUAUUACGCGGCAGGCGGCAACGACACCACUGGCCUCUUCAACACCUUCCUUGACGCCAUUGACGGCUCCUACUGCACGUACUCGGCCUAUGGCGAAACCGGCAACGACCCCGAAAUCGAUCCUGUCUACCCCGACACUGCCGUUACGAAUUACCAGCAGUACAAAGGCCAGCUUAUGUGCGGCGUCUAUAAGCCGGCCAACGUGAUCAGCAUCUCCUACGGCAAGCGCGAGCAUGACCUGCCCGCCGCCUACCAGAAGCGCCAGUGCGACGAGUACUUGAAGCUUGCGCUGCAGGGCGUCACCAUUCUCUUUGCCAGCGGCGAUAGCGGUGUAGGCGGCAGCAGAGGCGGCAACAACGGCGCCGGCAACUUUUAUGGCUGCCUUGGUGACGACGAUGCCAUCUUUAACCCGUCUUCGUCUUGCAGCUGCCCGUGGGUUACGGGCGUUGGCGCGACCGAAGUGCCUGCUAACCGGACCGUGUUUGAUCCGGAAGAGGCUGCUCUUGUGAUGCGAUUGACAAACUUUAGCAGCGGUGGAGGCUUCUCCAACAUCUUUAGCACUCCUUCUUACCAAGCCGAGGCUGUUGCUUCUUAUUUCAAGAACAGCAACACGUCGUAUCCGUACUAUUUUGACGGCAACUGGCAGAAUGCGACCGGCGGUAUCUACAACCGCAACGGCCGCGGCAUGCCCGACGUCUCUGCUAAUGGAUGGCGGUACCCCGUCACGAAGUUUGACUACUUUUACCUCAGUGGUGGCACCUCGCAGUCGGCUCCCUUGUUUGCUGCGCUGCUUAACCGCAUUAUUGACGAGCGCAUCAAGGCCGGAAAGCCUGGCCCUCUUGGAUUUAUUAAUCCAGUGCUCUACUCCCAUCCCGAGGUUCUGAACGACAUCACCAAGGGCACUAACCCGGGCUGCAACACCUGGGGCUUCGAGGCCUCCAAGGGGUGGGAUCCCGUCACCGGUCUUGGCACGCCCAAUUACCCCAAGAUGUUGGAACUGUUCCUUGGGCUGUGA